AUGCUGGGCAGUCUCAGCUCUAUAGCUGUCUCAAAUGGAUUCCUGUUCGCUCAAACAACAGGAAUGAUUAAAACCCUUCAGAGAAACGAUGACGGCUUGAAUCUCACUGAGAGAGAUAUAUUCUUUAUAACCUCCGGUCUAACAAUGUACGGUUUCUUUGGCUUCGUCUUGGCGACGUUCAGUGACAGAAUUGGAAGACGAUGGCCAUUCAUAAUAUCCUCAGUUGCAGUAGUGGUGCAAUGGAUUAUUCUAUACAAGGCACAAAAUAUAUACCAUUUUAUGCUGUCAAGAUUCAUCGCUGGCAUUGCUGUUACAGCUAGAUACUGUUUAAAUAUACUGGUUACACCUGAAUACACUUCCCCAAAAACCAGAGCCUUCUUCCUCAAUAUAAUAACAUCGGUGUCUCCAGCUAUAAGUACUGGAUUGGGCCACUACUUGGGCAACAUCUUCCACUGGAGAACUGUUGCUUUAAUAUCGAUUUUCCCAGCACUUGUAGGUAUUAUUGUGCCUUAUUUUUGCGUUGAAAGCCCUCAUUGGUUGGCCUCGAAAGGCAGGUUCCAAGAAUGUGAGGAAAGUUUCAGAAAACUCCACGGAAACAGCUUAAAAUCAGAAUUAGAACUGCAAUAUUUAAUAAAAAUGGAAAACUGCAAAUUGAGGCAAUCUGAAAUCAGCAAUACGAAGACUAUUAAAGCAAAAUUAUAUCUCGCAUUAAAGAAGAAGUACUUCUGGAAUUUAAUACUUCUGAGUUUCUUCAUGAGUUCGUAUAUUGCUGCAACUGGCAGAGUUGUAUUGACAAUCUUGGCAACAAAUAUUCUUGAAGACAUGACUGGAACUUCUUAUAUUGUUCUUUAUAACAUUCUAGUAGACAGUUUUAUCCUGGUAGGCACCAGUUUAUCCUGCGUUCUGGUGACGAAAAUGACGAUGCGUAAUGUGUUAUUUUCUACUGGAUUUAUGGCUAAUGCUGUUUUGGUCAUUCUGAGUGCUUGUCUUUACUUCGGAGCUGGUGUAGAGAACCUGCGGUGGGUGAAUGUAUCGUUGUUGGGAGUGUACUUCAUCUUAAUGGAAGCUGGUCCCUCUCCAGUGUUAGAGGCUUUAAUGGGAGAGAUCUUUCCCUUGGAAAUAAAAGUCUACUGCAUGCUCAUUAUUGGCCUUAUGCUAUCUAUAUUUGCAGCUUUAUCACUGAUAUUAUUUCCAUUUUUAACAGAAGUAAUAGGAUAUUCUGGAACAUUCUUACUGAACGCUAUAAUAAUGACAACAAGUCUAGUAUUUAUAAAGUUGAAACUACCAGAGACUAAAGGAAGGACGCUACAAGAAAUAGAAGCGUUCUUUAAGACUAAUAUAUUUGAUAUCGACGAAGCUUUGAGUGAUGAGAGGAAAAAUAUGCUGCUAUAG